AUGAACACAAAUGAAGUUCAAAACUAUCAAUCUUCACAGCCCGUUCGAGUUCGAACCAAUAGCAAGAAAAAUUAUGUAUUGAUUCUUUUUGGUGUAGUUCUCUUAGCUAUUGCCAUUAUCAUCAUUGUUGUUACUGUGAAGAAAGCAAAAUCGGAUACUGAAUCAGCAAAUACGAUAAUUAUCAAUCAGAUUGUGGAAACGACAACAAGAGAAACUUCAAUGAGCAAUACAACAACAACAGCAAUGAAUAAGUCUCCUAAAACUAUGAAGCAUGCACGAUACUCGCAUACAGCAUCGAAUUUGAACAAUGGGAGAAUAUUAGUUUCUGGUGGUCUAUUCAACGAUAGUGCUUAUUUGGACAGUGCUGAAAUCUACAAUCCAGCAACAGGAGUUUGGAAUGAGACUGGUCAUAUGACAUACGAUCGGGACUAUCAUACAGUAUCUGUUCUACCAAAUGGGAACGUUAUUGUUGUCGGUAGCAAACUAGAGCACAGAAACUAUACACAAUUGAAAUUUAUGACGUUGCCUCUGAGACGUGGAUAA